AUGACUGAAUUCAAGAAGUUGACGACGCUGGCCGACGCUCUCGCCCAAGAUGUGUCCACUUUGAAGGCCUGCUGCACAGAUGACGGCCAUUACGAUUGCAAUGGGAGCGCAGCCGGGGGUGUUGACUCCCGUCUAUUUGCUUGUGAUGCGGAGCAUUUGCACCUCCUCUCAACCCGAAUUCGUGAGGCUGUCGCCGACGGUAUUCCAAGGCUGCGGAAAAUUGUGCUGAAGGCACGGGAGACGGAUCCCAAUAGGCAAAUCUACAACGAGGCGAUGUGUGCAAAGAUCGAAGCCCUGUUCCUUGUGUUCUGCGAAGCCCUUCAGCUUUUGGUACCUGAGUAUUUCGAUACUCUGACGGAGAAGGACGUUUCUCUGCCGGAGGAUGCCAAGGGGCGCAACGUAUUGGACGGUUUGCUCGACGCAAACUUCGAUCCUAAUGUGCUCUUGGAGGAGUCAGCGUCUUUGCAGGCGGCGGAUAAUGUGCACAACCACUACAUACUACAUCGAGCAAAGGCGGAGGCGUGGCAGUCACGCGUAGCACAGGGGUUGACAGAUGCAGUCGCGUUUGAAUCGCAAAACCGUGCACUCAUUGUGGCCGAGGAAAAAGUCAGCCGAGUAGCUGUGCUUGAGGAAAAACGAGCCGACAAAGUGCGUGUCACUAAGAUCAUGGAGGUGCGGGCAGAGUUAAAGUGGGAGGCUGAACUGCAGCGCAGGGACGCAGAGCGGAGUCUCCUCAAAACUGCCGCCGCGGCUAUCAGCGACAUUGAUGCAAUCCCCUUUUUUCUAGCCAGCAGCAUAUCGGACGAGGCUCUUCGAGUUACCAUCGCAGGCCAUGCUCGUCAGCUGAUCAAGGCCCUCUUGAGUACGCCAGAGGAUAUGAACAUUCGUCGGCUGCGAAACAACAACGAGCAUCUUCUGUGUGACUACGGCCACCCUUGCUUGAGUGCGUGUGACCCUGAAACCGGAGAGAGAUGUGUUUGUCAGGUGGUUGUUUGUGCAGCUGAGGUGCUGUGGUGCCGCAUAGGAUACACUAUCCGCUACACAAAGGUGCCUAAUCGCUCCCUCGACGUGUUGAGAAGUGAGGCCAAGGCCCACUCCUUUCGCCUUCCAUGUGGGCGAAGCUUGUCAGCGCACAACUACGAACCAAUGGGCUUCGAAGACUACUCGGAGCGACUCUUUGAACUCGCGGAGCCGGAUGCAAUGGAGCGGGCGGAUGAAUGGAUGGAGUGGUAUGCCAUGAUGCAGCGCAUGGAGUCGACGCUAUCAAGCAUGGGACCCAGAUCGUACAGAUAG